CUCUUUUCUCUCAUUUUUUUUCUGUUUUAUUCUGAAAUCCUGAAGCAUUUGUUUGUGUCGGACUUUUACUCUGAAAACCUGAAAGAGUCACUGGAUUUUUAAUGUUUGGAUUCAGAUUUUAGUCUGAAAAAUGAGCAGCUUUUUCUACCGAGACAGAGAAACUGGACCAGACAAAUCCAGACCCCGGAGCCUUGGACCCCACAUGGACACAGAGAAGAACCAUGCAGCUGCUCAGAGCCACAGCCUCAGAGACUUUGAACAGCACCUGAGCGACCUGAAGAAGGAAAACUUCAGCCUCAAACUCAGGAUCUAUUUCCUGGAGGAGAGAGUCCAAGGCCAGAGCCCGGACCCAGACCUCAGCAAGACCAAUGUUGAGCUGAAUGUGCAGCUGCAGAGUCUGAAGAAAGAUCUGGAGGAGAAAGAAAAUCUGCUGCAACAGGCUCAUGCCACAUUAGAGCUCUUGUCCAAUCAAAAUGCAGAGGAGCAGCAGCAGCGAGAUGAAGCCACCAAUCAGGUUCAAGCGUCUUUGGAGGCCCGCCUCCAACAACUGCAGCAGGAGCUGGAGCAGAGACGUCAGAGUGAGAUGUCACAGCAGCGUCUGCACAAACAAGCUCUGGAGCAUAAAGACAGAGUGAUUUUGGAGCUGACGUCAGAAAAACUAAAACUUCAGCAGAAAAUUCAGGAGCAAAACUCUGCAAGGAAAAGACCCCACUCCCCACAGCGCGAGACUGAACAGAGGGACCACUCCGAGCUGAAGAGGGUGCUGGAGGAGCAGAGUGGGCAGCUGAGUCACUGUGAGGUGACGUCAGAACAGUGUCUGAAGGAGCUCCAGGACGCCCAGAACCAGGUCCGGACUCUGCAGACCAAGAUCCGGAUCAGUGAGGACCGCAACAGGAUGCUGCAGAAGCGUCUCGGGGAGAUGGAAGUUGAACUCAGAAUCGUGCGAGAAGAAGCUCAGAAUCAGGAGAGGAACCUGCAGAAUCUGACAGACUCUCUGUGCUCCAAAGAUCAGGAGGUGGCAGAUUUGCUUCGAGUUGUGGAGGAUCAGAACCGAACGCUGUCGACCGGCCUCGCACAGGUAAACCCAGGUGACGCUGCUGCCGUCCAAUCAGAGCUUUUCUCUCUUCAGCUGGCCUUAGACUCCGCCCACCGAGCCCUGAGGACCCGAGAGCGGACCGAAAAGGACCUGAGGGGGGCACUAGAGCGAGUCGAGUCCGACCUGAGGGGGGCGCUCCAGAGGGGCAGAGAGAGACUGCAGCACAACCAGGAGCUGGUCCAGAUCCUGGAUCAGACCCGGACUCAUCUUAGGGACUCAGAGGAGCAGCUGAGGGACCAACAGAACCAGGUCAAGAGACUGAACCAGGAUCAUAACCAGAUCAUCGGGGAUCUGAAGGAGAGGCUCAGACAAAAGGAGGAAAUGGUCCAAGUACAAAAGGACCUUUUGGAGUCCACAGACCAGGACUCCCAGGUCCAGAAACUCAGACAUGUCCUACAGGACCGAGAGCAAGACCUACAGAGGGUCUUGUUGGACCGGACUCGGUCUCUGGCUCAGUCUAAGGAGCUACAGGAGCUUCUGAGGGACAAAAACCAGGACCUUCAAACUCAGAAACAAGUUCUGCUCAGCAACCAGGAAACCAUCAGGUCCCUGGAGGUUCUGGUCCGGGGGCAGAGUCUGCAGGUGGAGCAGCUCAGGGACAGUCUGAGGAAGUCCGGACUAAAGGAAGAGCUGGUCCAGUCUGAGCUGAACCGGUCUUUAUCUGAGCGGGACUCUGUGGUCCGAAGUCUCCAGGAAAUCCUGCAAGAGAGGGACCAGGAAGUGCAGGACCUGCGCUCAUUUCUUUCCCAAAAUCCUUUGCUCCCUGAUGAUGUCAUGCACCAGCUCAAGCUCCGCCUCCAGCUCAAGGACCGCCUCCUACAGGAAGUGAUGUCACAGCGGACACGACAGAUCCAGGAACAGCAAGACCAGGUCCAAGAACUGACCCGGACCAUCGACCAACGGGACCAGUACAUCCAGGACUUGUCUCCUCGUUUCCUGGAACUCUUAAAGGAACAAAGCGACACUCUGAAAGAGCUCCGCACACAGCUGAGCUCUGGACUAAACCCCGACCAGAACCUGGACCAGAACCCGGACGAGGAUCUGGUCAAGGAUGAGGUCUGGAUUCUGAAGGAGCAGUUGAAGAAGACUCAGGAACAUCAACACCAAACCCAGCAAGAUCUAGAGGACAAAAACCACCUUGUAAAGAAGCUGGUGUUGGAGCUCCAGAGGCUGAGAGGCAGGCUUCAUGCAGACUGUGACCCAGAUCGAAGCCUCAUUUUGGGGUUGGAGUCUGAAGAGGAGGUCCCUGUGUCUGGAGACGAGGACACUGCAGAGUUCAGAGGCCCUCAGAGGCACAAGGGACCUCAGUGUGGACCUCAGUGUGGACCUCAGAUGUUGGAGCAGCUCCUGCAACAGAAAAAAGCUGUUGAUCGAGAACUCCAUGAACUCAAGACCCAAGUCCACAAGACCGGCUUUUCCUCCCUGUCCCAGAUCAGAAAAGCCCUUUUGGACCUGAGGACCCAGAACCAGAAACUGAGAUGGGAAGUGAUGUCACAGCGAGAGGAAGUGAUGUCACAGCGAGAGGAAGUGAUGUCACAGCAAGAGGAAGUGAUGUCACAGCGAGAGGAAGUGAUGUCACAGCAAGAGGAAGCAAUGUCACAACAGGAGGAGCACUCCGACCAGUGGGAGGCCUGGGAUUCGGAGCUGACCUUUGACCCCGCACAGAACUCAACGAUUCCCCAGGAGUCUCCUCUCCACCGUGGCGCUGUGGAUCUGGGAUAUGAGACGUGUGAGAAAAGUGAGACGGAGGCCGAGAGGGACACAAGCAGCCCAGAGUUCGAUGACCUGGAGAUGUGUCUGUCUCUGGAUCACGGCUCAAACUGGUGGAACACCCAAGGCUGGGACCAAGACCAUGACCAAGAUCAGGACCAAAACCAGGAUGAAGACCUGGACCAGGAUCAUAACCAGACCCCGACCCUGAGUCCAGACCACAGCGCCCAUCACAGGCCUAGAGAGGUACAGGAGCUGCAGAAGCUUGUGCAGCAUUUGAAGUCUGAGCUGAACCGGUCUAAGAUCCAGGUCCAGAGACUCCAGGUCCAGAGACUCCAGACCUCACUCAGGCCUCAGUCUGAGGCCGGGUCCAACAUAGAUCCAGACCUCGCAGACCUGUUGAACCGUGUGGAGACCCUCGAAAACCAGAUCAAGACUGAACCAAGGACUGAGAACAAAGACAAGAGCAAAACUGGGUUCCUGGCUGUGGUCCACCUUCAGGCUCGGGAGCUGUCUCACCUGCGGCAGGUCCUCAGAGAGUCCCGGGGCCUGGUUCAGAUCUUGGUCCAGAGUUUGUCUGAACAUCUCAAAGGUCUUGAGUCUCUGCUGACAUCCAGAGAACCAGACUACAGCCUGGGCCAGAAGCUCAGAGAAGAUCUGCAGGAGCUCCACCGAGUCAUGGAGAGACUGUCCACCAAGAUCAGCCUGAAGGAACUUCCUGAAGAUCCCGACGAUAAGACGGAGCUUCUAGCCAUGAGACUGAGUAAGGAGCUGCAGCAAAAGGACCUCCUCAUCCAAUCGCUGCGCUCCAAACUGCGCCCAGACACGCCCAGCGACUCCAGCGACCAAUCAGAGUGUAUUUCCUAUGUCAGUGACGAGCAGUUAUCCAAUCAGGAUGAAGAUCUGGGCUCAGAGACCAACAGUGAGUUGCAGAUGAAACAAUCACAGACCAGCGGCCAAUCAGAACACAACAUCCACUACAGCGUCCAAUCUGAUGGCAGUAUAAACACACAUGGCCAAUCAGAGGCCUUCUCCAAUCACACAGAGCUUCGCUCCAUGUUUUCGUCUGUUCCUCCGUCUGUCGCCUCCGCCCACAGCUUUCCCAUGAUGCACUGCUCCAGAACACUGCUCUCACCUGGACACGUGCCCUCAGGUGACCCUCUCAGAACGCCUCUCCUCAGGCCCAUCGCCGCUCUGGCUCAGCCCGGCUUCAGCAGCUCCAGUCUAGACUCCGGACUCAGACCAGGACUCGCACCUGGACCUGGACUCGGACCAGGGCUUCCUCAUAGCUGUGGUGCAUUGUGGGAUAUGCCCUCAAAUCAACCAGUAACACAGCAACUUUAUCCCAGUGCCUCCAGCUACCACUCCCUGACCGGUCCAGAUCUUUUGGGUGAACACUUGUGUGAGGUGAGGUCCCUCAGACUCCGACUAGAGGAGUCCAUUCAGACCAAUGAGAGGCUCCGACUUCACCUGGAGACUCACCUGGACCCGCCCCCUAGCACAGCUCCAACAAACAUCUACAUCCAGAGUCCAGAGUCUACAGAGACCAGAGCCCUGAGAGAGACCAACCUCAGCCUGAAGAACCAGCUCCGGGAUUCAGUGUUGGAGUCAGAACGUCUGAAAGAAGCGUUCUUAUUGGUCCAAACACGUCUUAAGGAGGUGGAGCUACAGGUCCAAAGGUGGGUGGAGCUAAGCCAGAGCAGCCAAUCAGAGGCCAAUGCACAGAAACAGGAAGUGACACGCCUGCAACAGGAAAUGACAGAGCUGCGUCAGGAACGUCACAGACUCCAGGGGACCAUCCAAGAUCUGCAGCAGGAACUGAGAAACAGAGAGAACCAAUCAGAGCAGAGGAACAUGUCCAGGAGCCAAUCAGAGACAAGCAAAGUGUCUAGGAGCCAAUCAGAGAGGCCGGCACGGAGGAGGCUGCAGUUCACAGACGCUCAUCCAGAGUCCAGGCCAGACCAAGACCUACACCCAGACUUAGACCCAAGUCUGGCCGGGUCCACGGAGGGUUCAGGUUCAGCUCUCAAAUCUGGCCUGGACAUCCAGACUAAGAACUCCAUCAGACUGCAAAAGACCCUCCAGGACUCUGUGGACCUGAUUCAGACCAUAAAUCAGACUCUGAUGACUCAGACCAAACCAGGACUAAGCCAGGACUGCGAGAGGCUGAUGAUUCUUCUUCAGGAGGCCCUGAGUCUCAGCUACAUAACCAAAAACAUCAAAGAAAACCAUCAGGUGAAGGAUCUGCAGGAGCAGGUUCAGUCUCUGCGUCAGAAGCUGUUGGAUCAAGAACAGAGUCUGAAUGGAAACAAAAAGGAUCUGGAGAGGCUCAUCCUCAGUCAACUGUCAAAGACGAGAGACGUGCUGCGUAAAGCCAAGACCAACCUGCAGGCAAUUCGAGGGGACGUCAUGGUGUCCUGACAGCGCCCCCCGCAGGCUCUACUCCGACAAUCAUUUAAUUUUUCAAACAGACUUCACAUUUCUGGAGCAGUUUCUGAAAUCUUGUUUGGAUUUACCAAAGAUUGUACUCUGAGGAAUGUUACAUUUUAUUUGGUUUGUCUUGACACUGAUGUUAUGAUUUUUUCUGUGCAAUUUAACUUAAAAUUCUUUUUGUCAAUAAUAAUAGUAAUUCAUAUAAAUAUUUUAACAAAAGCUAAAUUUCAGGUACCAUGGCAGUUGUUGUAGCCAUGAUUUAUUUAGAAACGUUUAACUUUUUAAACAUGAAAUUGUGGUGAAAGAAUAUAUAAUUAGACACCUUAGCGCCCCCUACAGGAUAAAGCAAUUUGUAAUUAUUACUUAUACACUCCAAAACCAUGAACGCCAUCCAUCCUGAUGACGAGUCUACAAUGCUUUGAUUUUGGUGAUAUUUAUUUAAGUAAUAAAAAAUUAUUCUCCUUAAUUUUUUAAAUGUUGACACUUUUAUCAUUUCCUUUGUGUAAAAGUGGUUCAGUGUUUUAUUGUUAUGUUUUUCCUGGAGCUUUACUGUUACUGGAAUAUGCAAAAUGUUGUUUAUGUGUAGUCAGGUUUGCCAUGGGUCAGGGGUUAGGGUUUAGGCAUUAUGGUUCGGGGAUAGGGGUCAGUGUUAGGGUUUGUUAUUUAAGUAUUUUUGGAGUUAAACAUU